AUGCGGAGAGAGUUGGAAUUUUUGAGAAGCCAAAAAAAUGACAUUAAUGUCCAACUGAAAAAUGUGCCGUACGGAAAGAAACCGAAAGAAGUGGUAGAAAAUUGGUUGAAGAACAUGGAGGACAUAGAAAAGGAGGUGCACAGCUUAGGUUCUGUUGAUGCACAUCAUAUGUGUUUCAAAGGAUUUUGCCCAAAUUACUAUACCCGUUUGAAGAGAAGCAAGAAGAUAGCGGAGAUACUCGAGACUAUUAGAGAUCUUAAAGAAAGUGGAAAGUUGUUUGCUCAAAGAGAAAAUAUAUUUAUUGAUUCACCACCCGAAACUUCCUCUGGCUUUCCUGUAACAACCUUACAUGGUACUUCAGCUGAAAGAAAAAAAGAAGAGAUUUUGCAAUGGAUCAAAAAUCCUGUUGUUGGUAAAAUUGGUGUGUAUGGUAUGGGUGGCGUUGGCAAGACAACAAUCAUGACACAGAUUUACAAUGAGUUAAACAAAGACAAAUUUUUUGAUAUCCUUAUUUGGUGA